AUGCCUCAAACUCACGUCGAGUCCGAAGAGGUAACAAGUGGUGAAAAGGAAGACUCGGUUGCACUUAAAACAUUUAAGGCUUUAGCAAAAAUACCCACGUAUCUCUCUGCACGCUUUUUACCUACUUCGAGCUCCUCUUUACUUUUCAUUCAGCUUACCCUUAAUCAACGUGACUUGGUCCGAAAACUUAAGCGAGCAAUUGCAAAACAACUGGUCGUGUCCCUGCAAAAGGAUGGAAAUGGUAAAUCUAUGGGUAUAUCCUCUUCAUUUUUACCAAUUGAUUUAGGAGAUAUUGCUCUGCAAACUAUUUCCCCAUCUGGAAAUCAACUUUUGAUCUUAAGAGCCGUAUCGAAUGAAAAAGGAAAAAAUAGAUUUGUUGAAACUUGGAAAUUAGGAACACUAAUAAAUGUUUUAGAUGUUACCGAUGUCCAUGGAGAGUUUUAUACUGAUGACGAGUUUGGUGGUCUAUAUUGGUCAAAAGAUGAACAAAAAGCUGUCUAUGUUGCAGAACAAAAGGCAUUAGAAGAUUCAGAUGAGCGGAAAUUUGAUUACGCGCCAUCUUGGGGCGAGAGAUUCAAUAAUAAACGUGCCCCUUCAAUUGUUGUUUUCGAUAUUUCAACAAAUGAAGCAAAGGUUUUGCCAAAGUUCGAAAGAAUUGACCCUGGACAGGUUCAAUUUGGCCCUGAAGAUAAAUCGCUUAUUUUUACUGGAUAUAGUAACGAACCCCGACGUUAUGGAAAAAAUUUAAAUCGACAUAAAAUGAAUAAUUUGACCAUUUCAAUUGCAGAACUGGAAUAUAUCAAUGUCAGCUGGAUGGGUCUAAUCUGGGUUUAUUUGUCUAAUCCAAUCGGUGGUCCACAUUUCUGGUGUUCAGAACUUUAUGAGUACAACUUUUCAUCAAAGCAAAACCGCCUUAUCGUACCUAUUGUACAUUCUCCUUCACCAUCUUUUCACAAUAACUUUCCUGGAAUAUAUAAUAAAGUUAUCCCUUUAAAUGCAUUUAUUACAAUUGAUGGCGUUGAGUUCAUUUUGAUGCACAGUAAUUGGCGUAGUCAAGAAGUUUUAUUGGCAAUAAAUUUGUCUACCGUGGAACCCACUCUUUCCAAAUCCACAUGGUCCAUAUUGCGACCUUUCGAAAACAAUCCUUAUUUAGAAUCAAUAGUCUAUAAGCCCAAAGAUGUCCCUUCAGACAAGAAACCACCUCUUAUUGUUAUCCCACAUGGUGGACCACAUGGUGUUUGUAUGGCAAGGAUUAAUUUGACUAUAUCGACAUUAGUUUCCUUGGGCUAUUUUGUUGUAGGAGUUAAUUACACGGGGAGUGCUGGAUUUGGUCAGAAUUCCAUUGAUAAACUUAUUGGAAACAUAGGAAACUUAGAAGUCGAAGAGGUUCAG